CGGCCGCUUUCUUCAAUUUCGCUACUAAAUCAAAGUAUCAAACCCUCCCUCUCUCUCCCUAAUUGAUUGCGCGUCAUUCUAUCAAUCUUCACCAAAUAUAUACAUUUUGUUGAAUCAAUCUCAUUUUAUCAAUUCCGUGAGUCAGAUUUCGUGGAUACUUAUAUUUGGUUUAUACAUUCAAUGAUAAGUAGCAAUUGUUGGAGUUAAAAGUUCAGAGAGAUGAAGAAGCUAUUCUUUUUCAAAUCACAAUCAUCAAAUAAUGUCUCCCAACCGGCAACAGAUAAGCAAGUUUACUGGGAGAAACCAACAGAGAAAGCUGAUAAGUCUGUUAAAAACAAGCAUGCCGCGGAAGAUCAGGUAUAUGGUAGCACACCCUCUCUAAGAAGAAGCCUCUCAUUUUCAUCCGGAUCUUUUCAUGAUGCUGGAAAAGGGAUGAGGAACUACAGUGAGCAAACUGGUUCUCCACAUAGUUCUGGUCAUCAUCCAAACAAGCAACCAGGACACCAUUCAUCCAGAUAUCGUACUCUUACUCCAGAGAGGCAAACCAGGGCAAAUUUUGUAGAUACAUCUAUGGUUCGGAAUGCAAAGAGCAUGGAGCAAUAUGGCUGCACUGCCUCUGGAUCUCUCUCUGAUCUGUCAGAUAUCUCCUCUAAUUGCUCUAGUAAGGUUUUGGAUCGUUACAUUGAUGGAGAACAGAUGGAAAGGUUUGAAACCAAAAGCAAUUUCUCCACGAGAAGCCAAUUUGAAAAUGGAAAUGUGGUAAAGAAGCCGCCAAAUAUUUUUGCACCUGUUGCAAAUGAUGCUAGGAAGCAAAAACCUAAGUCUCGAUCUUUCAGAGAUUCCAAGACAUCACAAGUUCCGCUUCCCUCAAAAGAUGGGUGUAAUAAUGGGUACUGCAAUGAAUCACCACGAAAACUAGCCAAACAUGUGGUUGAGAGACUUUCCCAGUCCAAGUUUCAGCCUAAGAUGAGGUCUACUGAAUUUGACUCUGAGAAUCCAAUCACCAUUGAAGAUGUCUAUGGAAGGAACUCGAAUCGAUAUGCCAAUGCAUAUCCCGAUGAAGAUUCUCCAAAGAAUUUUGCAAUGGAUUGGCAUGAUGAGAUUUGUGAUGGGUCUCGCCAUGAUGAAAGUUCUGAAUACUUGGAAAAGGACUCUUUUUCUGGUGAUAAAGACAUGGCUGGAGAAAAUCUUGAUGCUGUAACAGACAAUGAUGUUGAACUAUUUAAAAAAUUCAAGGAAGCUGAGGACCGUGCUCUAACGCUGUCGGAAGAGCUUCAAAAGGGAAACUUUUUUCAGUUAAAAGGACUUGGCGUGCCAACUUUGAUCCAGGCAAUUAAAAGCCUAGCAGAGGAAAAGGUAAAUCUGGCUGGAGAGGUUUCAGCAGUUUUUGAGGAUAGGAUUGCUGAGAGGGCCUUGUUUAGAGAAAAACUUAAGCUUGGAAAGGCAGACCUGGAAGCACAGUCCCGCAAAUUGGUGAAGGAAAAAAAUGAGAUACAGGUAGCUCUUGAAAAGGAAUUAGACAGGAGAUCAGCAGAGUGGUCUCUCAAGCUCGAGAAAUUACAGUCAGAAGAACAUAGGCUUCGGGAAAGGGUGCGGGAACUAGCAGAGCAGAAUGUUUCCCUCCAAAGAGAAGCCUCAACCUCUAGUGAAAGGGAAAUGGAAACUAAAAGCAAAUCUGCAAAUGCGGACAAACAACUUGUUGAAUUAUCUACUCAACUUAAAGAAGCUAGGGAGGAGAACCUUUAUUUACAGAAAACAAUAUCUGAGCUGCAAGAAAAAACUAGGGCAGCAGAAGAAGAAGGUGAUUGCAUUCGAAGGAAGUAUGAGGAGAAGGUCUGUGAGUGUAAGGAUAUGCACCAAGCUGUCAGUAGGCUCCAAAGAACCUGUAACGAUCAAGAGAGGACAAUUGAGGGACUACGAAGUCUAUGUGAGGAACUUAGUAAGAAAAUUUCUAAGGAUAGUUUUGACUUUGGAAUUGCAAAACUGCAAAUCGAACAUGUUAGACUGACAGGAGUGGAACACGCUCUUAGGAAGGAGGUGGAAUCAUAUAGGGCUGAUGUUGAUUCACUUAGGAGAGAGAACAUUGAUCUGCUCAAUCGCUUGAAAAAUAUAGGGAUCGAAGGUGGAUUUUCAACUUUUAAGUUGGACCGAGAGCUACAGAGUCGCAUUUGCUCCUUGCAAAGUCAAAUACUCCCACUGCUUACUGAGACCAGCCAACAUGGCAGGAAGUUAAUUGAAUAUGUUAAAACCAAUGGUGGCUUUCCAUUGAACAAAGGGCCAGGUUCCGCCACAUGUUUAGAUGGCCAAGUUCUUGUUGAAUAUGAAGUGAAGCUCCAAGGUCUAGAGCGGGCAGCUGAGAACUUAGCAACCAGUUCGAAGACCAUGUCUUAUGUCCUUCAAGAGAAGUCCACUUUGAUGCAUGAGAAGUCUGAACCAGUUGGUACUGAUAAUCAAACGCCUGUCAUGAGAGUUGAAUCACAGACAUCAGAGGACAUAAUCAGAUCAGAGUUAAAAUCAGAGACCCUGUUGACCAGUUUGCUGCGCGAGAGGCUUUAUUCCAGGGAGCUUGAUGUGGAGCAGUUGCAAGCCGAGCUUGCUGCUGCUAUUAGAGGCAAUGAUGUUCUCAAAAGUGAGGUCCAAAAUGCAGUGGAUAACUUCUCUUGUGUAAACCACAAGAUGAAAGAGGUUGAACUUCAGAUGAUAAAAAAGGACGAGACAGUCAGUCAGCUCCACGAGGAUCUGCAAGACUGCAAAAAGGAGUUGGCCAUACUGAGGGGGAUAUUACCAAAGGUAUCCGAAGAGAGAGAUAUGUUGUGGGAGGAGGUAAAGCGGCAUACUGAGAGUAACAUGCUGCUGAAUUCCGAGGUCAACGCGUUGAGAAAGAGAAUAGAGGCCCUUGACGAAGACAUACUAAUGAAAGAAGGCCAAAUCUCCAUUUUGAAAGAUAGUGUCGGGAAACCUUUCGACCUCCUUGCAACUCCAGAGCGAACCCCCGAAUUCUGCUGGAGCGAUGCACGUUGAUUGGCAGUGACCGUAAGUGUCAUCUUCGUUUCGAUACAGUUUCCUGAUCUGUUUAUUCUUGUGAUUAUCCAAAGCUCAUCAUCUCAAGCCAUUGUUUAUAGACAACUUCUUUACACUGCAUAGUUAUAAGUUUUUGUGUGAUUGCAUUGCAGCAAUCUUAGACAAUCCAUAUUCUGUCAAAGCUACAUUUAAAUUGAUUGAAUUAGUUUUGACUUCUUCCC